CCCCCUGGAUCCGUUUCCGUUAUUCUCGAGACCGCCAGCAUUACAUACUGCAUCCAUAUCAAAGUUAAUAUUCCUACAGCUCGUCCAGUGUACACAAAUCUGAAGGGUUUUUGCUGCUUUUUCUACAUUUCCACUGCAGUCGUGCUGUGUUUUGUUAAUGUUUGCUUUUCUUUUUCUUUUCUCCUCUUUUAAUAUAUCACAGAGACCUGACAAUGACAGAGCGAGUCAAUAACUUCCCACCUCUGCCCAAGUUUUUGCGUGUUAAGCCGUGUUUCUACCAAAAUGUUGAGGAGGAAAUUCCCCAGCCUCACCAACAGAUUGUUAAAAGAGUUUACAAGCUUUGGAUCUUGUACUCGAUUACACUCUGCGUCAAUCUGGUGUCCUGCAUAGCCUGGGUGGCGGGCGGAGGCAGUGCCAUUAACCUUGGGCUUGGUCUCCUGUGGCUUGUGCUGUUCAGUCCCUGCGGAUACACCUGCUGGUUCAGGCCCCUUUACAAGGCUUUUAGGGCUGACAGUUCAUUUAACUUCAUGGCGUUCUUCUUCAUUUUCUUCCUUCAGUGUGUUCUUGCUCUCAUUCAGACCCUGGGAAUUAACAACUGGGGUGCAUGUGGCUGGAUAGCUACAGUGAUGUUUUUCAGCACUAAUGUGGGCUCUGGGGUGGUUAUGCUCAUCUCCUCUCUGCUCUUCACUGGAGUCACUGUGCUGAUGGGACUGGCUCUUAUCAGGGUUCACAGGUUAUACCGUGGUGGUGGGGGCAGCUUUCAGCGUGCACAGGAAGAAUGGAACACUGGUGCGUGGAAGAGUGCCCCUGUGAGAGAAGCUGGCUUCAAUGCCAUUGCUGAGACCGGCCCCAGUCUCCCCCAGUACCCCGCUUCUGUGCCCAGCUACCCAGAAAACAGGCCGUGGUGAUAAACCACUCUGAACUCCAGAUGGAGCCAGAAUGCUCCUUUCUCCUGCACAUUCAUCAUCUCGGUCAUCUCAUGAAUCUGUGUGAACAGCAUGACUGAAACGUUGACACUACAAAAAAAAGGACUUUUUUAAAAAAAAACAAACAUCCACUGUAUAUUUGUUUACAAACUGCAUCACAAAAGUGGCUGCAUAAGAAACAUCUCGGUUACAUUCCGAUUGAUACAAGUAAUAUUACUGCAUAAACACAAUCGAUUGGAUCGAUGCUGCUCACACUAAAGUAGCGACAGCUUUUCCAGAGCCUUUCACGCUAAAUGUGAGAAGUGUAAUACUUUAAAUCGCAACACUAUUUAUUUUUGCCAAAUGAUGCCUUACAUCACAAUCUCCACACUGCACCAUCAUGAUAUAAUUUGUUUUCUGUGAUUUUUAAAAAAGUAUGUACUUUUUGUCAGAAAACAGAUGUCAUUUGUCUGGCCUUUUAAUUCACCGAAGAUGUGCAGAGGAGUUGCAUGCUUUUCAGCUUGCCAAGAACAUUUCAUUUUUUUUCCACUGAAGUGCACCUUUUUUUUUUUAACCACUUUUUCUCUGCUGUUCAGAAUUUCUGCCUCACCUCCUCAAUUUCUCCAUUAUAUCUAGCAUGUGUAAAAAACAAACUUUCUUUAUUCUAUCUAGCAUGUGAUAUGUAAAAUAUACAGUACUGUACAAAAGUCUUAGGCAUGUGGAAAGAAAUGCUGUCGACCAAAAAUGGCUUAAAAAGUAAUGAAAUUAAAAUUUUCAACAUGGAAAAAAUACUAUAAACAGCAGUAAGCCAGGGCGGCACGGUGGUGUAGUGGUUAGCGCUGUCGCCUCACAGCAAGAAGGUCCUGGGUUCGAGCCCCGUGGCCGGCGAGGGCCUUUCUGUGCGGAGUUUGCAUGUUCUCCCCGUGUCCGCGUGGGUUUCCUCCGGGUGCUCCGGUUUCCCCCACAGUCCAAAGACAUGCAGGUUAGGUUAACUGGUGACUCUAAAUUGACCGUAGGUGUGAGUGUGAAUGGUUGUCUGUGUCUAUGUGUCAGCCCUGUGAUGACCUGGCGACUUGUCCAGGGUGUACCCCGCCUUUCGCCCGUAGUCAGCUGGGAUAGGCUCCAGCUUGCCUGCGACCCUGUAGAAGGAUAAAGCGGCUAGAGAUAAUGAGAUGAGAUGAGCAGUAAGCCAUAAUAAAUGAAAAAGUCAAUAGUUGGUGUGAGACGACCCUUUGCUUUUAAAAAAAAAAGUAAUCUCAGGUACAAUGAAUGCAGUUUUAUAAGGAAAUGAGCUGUAGGUUUUACUGAGCAUUUUGCAGAACCAGCCACAGUUCUUCUGGACACUCUGUCACGCUCGCUUCUUCAUUUUGCACCAAAGCCUUCAUUAUGUUUUCUUUUUUUCAUCUGAAAAGUGCUCUCUUUAUGUAAUACGCUGCUCAGAUACAAGCAUUUUUUUUCUGUAACAUUUAAUUUUGUGCUGAAAAAUGAAUGUUUGGAACUCUAAAGUGUUUUUGAACUGACGUGAUAAUGUUGAAGCCGUAAAAUAGAAAUCUAUAACAAAGGUUGUAUGAAAAAAGGGUGCCCAAGACUUUUGCACAGUACUGUGUAUAUGUAAUUUUUUUUUUUUUUGCCAAAAGUUCUGCAGUUUUGCAAGUGGAUUUCUAGUCAGGCAAGAUUAUUUGGUCAAUGCUUUUCCUUUUGUCUGCUUUCGGAUAACCACUGCUUUUGAGUUCAGUGCCCUGCUGUUCAGGUAUCCAUUCCUUUAGCGGGUGUUGCAGCUAAUAUUCUUAAUUGUCAUGUUCCUGUUAGGAGCUGUAUGUUUACAAAGUGGCCAUGUUAACCUACGUUUGAGGGCUUAUGAGUGCAGAACUUCAUCCUGACUUGAUUAACAUGAUUAAAAACAUUAAUUCUGGUUUGGUAAGAUUGUGAAUGUGUAAAAUAUAUUACAAAGAUGACUAACUUGUGGCAAUUUAAUAAAAACAAUCUUUUUGAAUGCUU